AAAAAAUAAACUAUUAAAAUUAAACAUUUGAUAAUUAUUGUGAUGUAAACGAUAAUGUGACUUUCAAUGUAUAUUUAUGUAUGUAGCCUCAAACGAUAGGCUGUUAUUCCAUUAAAUAGAAUAGUUUUGUACGAAAUAUUGACAAAAUAUUUGUGUCAUCACAUCCUGCUUUUUUAUCCUACCUGUUUUGAAAUUCAUAUAUUAAUUGAAACUUAUUGUUGAAGACUUAUAUUCAUUAUAUAAUUGUUUUAUCUUACUAUAUUGUUUUUAAUUAUUUUUUCUUUCAAUGAAUAAACUAAAUAAAUUAGAUUUCUUCAAUGAUACCCCCUUUCUCCACUCUGACAGACGUAAAUCAAGUAGUGUAAAACAAUGAAACUAUCAGCACAGAUCUAAUGGUUGUCUGUGGUAUUUAUUAAUACAAUGAUUUUUUUCAAUAUUCAACAUUGUUUGUUCAUUCAACAUUCAAAUGUCCCAGUUCUAACCAAAUACAGAUAUUAUCAAAUCAAUUUAUUUUCCAUUUUUACAAUAUAUACAGAGCAUGAAAUUACCAUAGUUACUAAAUGUCCAUACAAUGCUUAUCAAAUGUUCAAAUAUUGAACAAAAAUAUCUGAUAAUCUCCAUUCAACGUUCGAUAGUGGUUAAAUAAUGUCUAAUAAUGUUUGAUAGCUGUUUAAUAUUCAACCAGACAAUGUACAUAAACGUUAAUCAUAGUCCAAUUUUCUGUAUAUGGCAAACGCCAACAAAAAUGGCGGCUGGUGAAAGAACAAUAUUAAUGUUCAGUUCUGUGACGACAGUUAGCAAGUGGUCUGUGAGAGCAUAUCGAGUCAAGGGCAACCUCAGCUAAAUCGUUAGGGUGUGAUCACAUUGAAUGCCUAAUAAAUAUAUGAGUGCAAGUUCACGUCAGAUCAGCAUGCAUGAGCCGAAAAACAAAAUUUGAAAAGUGCCAUUGAACCAUGUUGAGACUUGCAUGUAGCUGCUCACCCACUGAACACAACCAGCAAGUGCAAGCGUUCAAUGUGAGGGUUCCUGUUAAUUUUUCUCAGAUUUUGUUUUUCUCACCCCUGGAUGCUUCAUCAUGCAUAACCAAGCUUGCACUUCGCAUUCAAUGUGAUCAUACCCUUACACUUUGACAGACCACUCAUAGAAUUUCCUGACCGAGCUGAACGAAUUGAUAUCAGUCUUCCACCAACCACCAGUUUAUAAUAAAAUUAAAAAAUAGUAUGGUUGAUUGGCGAGGAAAAAUAUAUCAGGCACACUUGUUUGGAUAAAAUUGGUAUUUAUUUUUUGCAAAUUUAUGAAGAAAUGUAACAGUCGCUGUAAAUACAAAUACUGUACUCCUUGAUAUUAUAAAUGAUAUUAUAAUGUUACUGGUUAGAACGGAAACAGUACAGUGCAUGUCUUAUCGCAUUUAGUUCCCCCCUCUAUGUCUCUCUACCUGGCUCUGUCUAUCUCCGAGGAGGAGGAGGAGGAGGAGGAGGAGGGUACUUUCUCCCCGGCAGAGCUGGCUGAGUCCCUGUCGUCUUUAAAACCGCAUCAAGUGAUGGUGAUUGGUUCCGUGGUGUUGAACCAGAUAGUGGUGGGACUUGCGGUGUCCUACCUGAGCGUCCUGAUGUGUGGCAUCGGUGUCCUGAUGGCGUGGCGUGGCUUCUCUCCCCUCCGCCAACUGCCCACCUUCCACUGGGUGUGCGCCGAGUUGGCGCUCCACAUAACUCUCACAGCACAUUCACAAGCAGCACCACGAGUGGACGGCUCCAAUCUCAGUUACCGCCAUCUACUGUCAUCCCAUCGAGCACACAUUCAGCAAUCUGUUGCCGCCCUUCCUCGGGGGGUUGCUCCGCACCAAAUCGUUGUUACAAUGAUGCCAAAGGCUUUCGCACGUUUCGUUUUCCGUCUGACGUACAUUAUAGACGUACCAAGUGGAAACCAACUUCCGACUUCUAAGACUAUGUGAGGAACGAAAAUAUUGAUUCAUUAUUUAGGGUGUGUGCACAAAAGUAAAUCGAGGUUGAGUAGUAAAGGAAAGUGCUAAAAAGUCGUAAUUCUGCCUCCUGAAGUAUGUCUUCAUUUUAUUUCAUUUCACCAAGAACGCCUGAUGUUUCAAGUUGCAGCGUUCUUGAGAGGAUAUGGAUAAAAACCUAAGACCGUUCAGACCGCUGAACUCUCUCUGUGUGCACACACCCUAAACAUGCAAAAAGUCCCUCAAUAUAAUAAUGCUUUUCCACUCUUCCAUUUUGUUUACUAUUUAAUUCGUGGAUAAAAGUUGACUAUAAAAAAAAUAUUAAAACUUCAAGGGACAUUUAUCAGACAUUACAAAACUCUAGUGAGUGUAGUUAGUUCAGCUUUCGCAAGUAAAUUUUUAAAAUUAAUAGUCAAUUAAUCCUCUUUCUUGUUUUCAAAUAUUUUUUUCUUACUCUAUUAUUAUUCCUCGUAUUUAUUUUUGUUUCAUAUUCUAUUUUAAUUUGUAUUCGUUUCU